UUUAUGUCAUCAAAAGCACAGAAGCGGGUUCAGAAGCUGACGGCCUUCCAGCUGGUAGAUGGCAUUGAGCCUGUGGUGUUCAGCUUAUGUGCUGAAGAUAAAAGUGACGUGGAAAGGACCAAGGCUUGGCUUCAGGCGCAGAUAGAAUUCGAGCAGUCGGAGAAGGUGAUCCGAGAGGAAUGUAUCUCUGAACUAGAAGAAGCCGAGGUGAAGAAGUUCUCCGACCUCCAGAAAAAGUUUCAGGUCUCGGUGAUUUACAAACCUCCCGACCCCUCCAUCCGGAUCCUGGGCCUCACCCGGGACGUAAUGGCCGUGUCCGGGGAGAUCGAAACGAUUAUAAACCGAGUAAAAGACAGAAAGAAGAAGGAGAGGACAGCCGAGCUCACCGGUAAUCUGGUGGAAUGGAGAUACGAGACCGCAGGGAUUAUGGUUGCCUUCAACAAGAUGAUAAACCUGGAGCUGGAAGAGGCAAAGACUGACAGGAAGGAUAAGAUCACAAUCCAGAUGCAUGGACAACUAUUUGCUGUCAGUAUAAAACAUGAAAAGGCCACAGACACGCAGGGAAACCAAAUUCGGAUCCAACGUUUUGUGAAACAUGGUAAUGGGGCUUUUUGUUGUAACGUUUACUGA